AUGCCUUACAUGUCCUUCUUCUUCACGGGUUACAUCCUGAUCACCGCCUUCGCAGUGAUCGCCCUCCUCACUGGCGUGAUGGCCGACACGGUCAGCCGCAGGAGCGACGACAUCGACAGGAAGGAGGAGGCGGACACGUUCCAGGAGUGGGUCAACGCCAAGGAAAAGGAGUUCAAAAAGGCGGAAAAGACGGUCGACGGGGAGCCCCUCGGCCUGACGCUGGAAGAGCUGUGGAGCAACGACGAGUUCGACUUAGCAAA